AUGAGAGCGAGGAAAGAAAAGGGCAAUUCGAGUUCGCGAGAUGGCAACUCGGCUAGGUUUGGGGCUGGUUUGGAUAUCGACAUCCAUCCUGCUUUGCUUUCCGAGAAUCUUAACCUUAUAAAGCAUCGCGACAACCCGUACUUGUCGCGCGAGAGGUUCGACACGGUCGCCUCGAAGGUUUCUAAAAGGUACUCAAGAGGGCUUAAGUUCCGCACGCCCGGUGUUCUGGCGAAAGAGCUAGAUGAAAAACGGGCAUGGCUCGCAAAAGAGCGCGAGCUCCAAAAAGAGCAGGACAAUCUUCGAAAGGCUAAGGUUCGUGCCGGUGAGCUUCCAGAUGAGUCCAUUGGUGAACAGAACUACUUAAUCACGGAUGUGCCUCAGAUAGAGUGGUGGGAUGCAAUUUACGUGCAGAGCCCUGAAGACUGGACAAUUAAAACAAAAUACUCCAAAAGUUAUGGUACAAUGGAUGAGGAUUCUGAUGAUGAACAAGACUCCGAAUCAGAAUCACCUAGUGUCCGAUAUGUGCAACAUCCUGUGCCUGUACAAGCUGCAGAGCAUGCACCAUCAAAACCCAAAAUAUACCUUGUGAAAAGAGAGCAAAAGAAGAUACGCCGCAAUAGGAGGAAGCUACUCCAAGAAGAGCAUGAGCAGAAGAUCAAACUGGGACUGGAGCCUAAGCCUGCCCCAAAGGUCAAGCUCAGCAAUAUGAUGAGUGUUUACCAAAAUAAUGAAAAUAUUACUGAUCCUACGAGUUGGGAGCAGACCGUAAAAGCGCAAGCAGAGGAAAGACAUCAAAAGCAUGUAGAGACAAACAUCAGACGUCAUUACGAGGCCAAAGAGCAGAAAAAAGAGAAGGCACAGGAAGCACCACCCGCUCAGGCUGAGUUGCAUUGCCGGGUAUUUCGCUUCAGCAGUCUGCGUAAUCCAAAAAUUAGGUUCAAGCUUGCCAAGAAUAGCCGACAGCUAGGUCUAAGAGGUGUUUGCCUCAGGGUCGGAGACGGAGCCGGCAUUAUUGUUGUCAUCGGAAGUGAAAAGAACUGCCGUUUUUACUCAAAAUUGGUCCUACAGCGGAUAGACUGGACGCAGUCUUACGUGGACAAAGACUCGCAACAGUUUGUGGAUUGCAGUGGGGAUGAAGCGGAGCUAUUGUGGGAGGGAGUUGUCAAGGACACCCGUUUUCGGGGGUGGUUCAUGAAGGAAUGCCGAGACGAGUCAGAAUUGCAAGCUGUGCUCAGCCAGUUUGACGCCGACUGGCUGUUACGGGUUUGA